AUUUGAAAAAAAACACACGCUCCCCUCUCCCUGAAAAAUAGUUAUGGCAAGCAAAGAGCCCGAUCACGAGCACAGAGAAGACGAAGAUGCGCCCGCUGCCGAUGAUGAAGAUACCGGGGCUCAAGUCGCCCCUAUUAUCAAGCUCGAGGAAGUCGCUGUUAGCACCGGCGAGGAAAACGAAAAUGCCAUCCUUGAUCUGAAAUCGAAGCUGUAUCGUUUUGAUAAAGAAGGGAAUCAAUGGAAAGAGAGAGGCGCUGGUACUGUGAAGCUGUUGAAGCACAAAGAGACGGGGAAAGUUCGCCUUGUUAUGAGGCAAUCUAAGACUCUCAAGAUAUGCGCCAAUCAUCUAGUUUUGCCGACGAUGACGGUUCAGGAGCACGCUGGGAAUGAUAAAUCCUGCUUAUGGCACGCUUCUGACUUUUCGGACGGUGAAUUGAAAGAUGAACUUUUCUGCAUUCGUUUUGCAUCAGUGGAAAAUUGCAAAACCUUUAUGGAAAAGUUUCAAGAAGUGGCUGAAUCACAAAAAUCGAAAGAGGAAAAUGAAGAUGCAUCUGCAGUUGCCGAGUCACUUGAGAAGUUGAGUGUUGAAGAAAAGAAAGCUGAAGAUAAAGCUGGAGAGGAGAAGGCUGUUGAAGAAAAGAAAGCUGAAGAUAAAGCUGGAGAGGAGAAGGCUGUUGCUACGAAGGAAGAUAAGGAAACAGAAGUUGAUAAUACAGUUAAAGCAGACAGUGAGAAGAAAGAUGGGGAGGCAGCUUCCUCUACCUAAAAGGAGGCUGGGUUUGUUUUCCUUUCUGUAGGCUUUUGGCGAAUAUGGUGAAAUUUGUCAGUCACCUGAUUCUACGCAUGUCUAGCGUAUUCUUGGGAGUGAAACCAGAUGCGUAACAUAUGGGUUGGAAUGGUCGAGGUCCUUUGUGUCCUUAGGUUUGGGUGUGUGUCGAGGGUUUGUCAAACCCCGAGUCAUGUGUCGGACAUGUUUGCAUGUUUUGAGUUGCGUUUGGAAUUUUGGAUGGUGUCAAGGAGGGUUAAUGCAACUGGAUUUUCCCGGUUUUAAUAUCAGCGUGUCAAAGUUCUAUUGCCGCCCAGUCCAUGCAUUGAAUGAGCUAGUGUUAUAGACAUGCUUUUUUUUUUU